AAUUAAUCAUCGCCAAGUACAGAUCUCAAUCAUGGGUGGCCCUCGUCCCAAAAGCAGCGGUUUCCGCGAUGAUCCCGAUGCAUUGUCCAUGCACACGACCGACGGUGAAGCCGCCUACACUGACGCCGUCGCUGCAGAUGGCGAUGACGAUGCCGCUCCCCCUUAUACCCCCAUUGACAACAGCACCAUAAUGCCACCUACCACUGCUCCCCAAAUCAGAAACCCAGAUGCCGAUGAAGAGGAAGAGCCGUAUUGGACUGGCGUUACCGAGCCCGAGUCCCAUUUCGCUUUCACCUCGUAUCGCAUUGGCAACAAGCGCACCCACAUCGGGAACGAGGUGAUCCACCUGCAGGACGAGCGCUCCGAUGCCGAUCCUCUGUUUCUCCAGAAAUGGAUCAACCUCAUGGCUCAACUUCCUCCGUCGCCGUACAUUCAUAUCGUCGGCACACACAAGGAGACGAAGCGUGACAAGGAUGGGAAGAAGAGGCGUGAGGAUGUGACCGAUUUCCGCAUCAUGGUUAGCAUGCGGAAUUAUCUGUGGCCCAACUUUAACCCCAAUGGCCCGAACGAGAUGAAACUCGUGACUGCGGAGGGUGGAGAGAAGACCUACCGGGGCACCGUCCUCAAGAAACGCGCGCCUGGGGCCAAGGGUGGUAUUGAAGUUGGCCACGCAAAGCCUACUCUAAAGGAGUGGUGUCACCUCUACUGCGCCAAGGCGACGGCAACCAGAACAUUCCGUCUUACUCGUACCGUCACCGGUAUGGACAAGGAGCAGCUUCGCUCUCGUCUUACAGGCUUGAUCAGGAGCACAAACUACAAGGGAAAACUCACUAUCGAGUUCCCUGUUGCCGAUCGAGCAGUCGACAUCUACUCGACCAGCCGACUUAACACCUGGCGACUGACAGGUUGGAUCUGCUGGAUCUUUUACCUCACCUUUCUCUGGAUCUUUGCUUGGCCUGUACUCUUCUUCACGACUAAGCGGUAUCAAGUCGUUCGCGCCCAGUGGCCUUUCGCUCAUGUUAACGAGCAGGGUCAGAAGAGGUACACCACUGUCAGCGAAGAACAGUGGACCAGUAGGUACGGCCCUGCUAUCAAGCAGCUGUGCCUGGACCGGUACGAUGGUUUGGCGGGUGACACCUACCUGAAUGAGGUGCUGGACAGGGCAGAAGUGCAGCAGAACAACCAACCUCAGGUUGAUACUCGGGCUGCCCUAGGUGUUGCCGCAGCUGCUUUCCAGGGCGGUCGCUUCAAUGCUGCCCGGGGUGCGAGCAGCUUGAUGCGCUUUGUCGGUGGACAAAACGACCAGGUCGGAUGGGGUUUCGACACUUGAGGGCCAUGAAAGGCCCAUCAUGUGAAUCCAUAUUGUUGUCGGCAUUGAGACUCUGGCUUCUUGAUGAAGGACAGCCCGUAUUUGAACAGAGGAGUUUGGCUCUGGAAAGCGAAGGGGAUGUUAGUUUGCUCAACUGUUGUCUCUGAUUUAUAUAGCAGUACUAAUCAUGAAGCUCUUGAACCACAUAUCAAUCACGAGGUGAAAAGGGUUACCUAAAGU